AUGCUGCAGCAGAUCCUUCAUGACAUGUACAUCGACCCCGAACUCCUGGCCGAGCUCAGCGAUGUGCAGAAGCACAUCCUCUUCUACAAAAUGCGAGAGGAGCAGCUGAGGCGCUGGAGGGAGCGCGAGGCGUGGGAGGCCCUGGCCCAGGCGGAGGGCCUCAGGCCCCCGAAAGUCAAGCGAGGUAUGUGGCUGCGAGCAGCGAGUGACAAGCACAUCCAGUGGCUCUUGGGGGCAGACGGUGAAGUCUGGGUCUGGAUCAUGGGAGAAGGCCCCGGCGACAAGCCCUAUGAAGAGAUCUCGGAGGAGCUGAUCGCUGAGCGGGCGCGGUUGCAGGCUCAGAGGGAGGCCGAGGAGCUCUGGAGACAGAAGGAGGCAGAAAUCACCAAGAAGUUUCGGGAUGCUCUGGCCAAUGAGAAAGCCCGGAUCCUGGCGGAGAAGUGGAAAGUGGAGAUGGAGGACAGGAAGGCUGCCAAAGUCCUGGAGGAGCGCAUCCGUGAGGAAUUCAAGAGGAAAGAGGAAGAGGAGAGGAAGCGAGGGGAAGAGCAGAUUCGCCUCCAGGAGGAGCAGAGGGCCAAGGAGCUCUACUGGACCCUGAAGCAGGCCCAGCUGCAGAGUGGCACCAGUGAGCGCGAGGAGCGCGAGUGGGAGGAACAGCUGCGCAGGUCCAAGGCUGCGGACGAGGAGAGGAGCCGCGGAGCUCAGCGUGCCAGGGACGAGUACCGGCGCCACUCGCUGCGUGCCAUCCAGAAGGGCACGGUCGCCGGCCUCAGCUCCAUGUUCCAAGAGCUCGGCCAGAGCCAAGAGCAGGAGGCCAGACUCUACCACCACCUCCCAGGCCCGGGGCCGCCACCCCCGCUCGCCAUACCUGUCAGCAGGACUUGGGAGCGCCCUCUGAGACCCGUGUCCAGGGAAGUCAUUGUCCGCUGGUUUAAGGAGGAGCAGCUGCCUCGCCGAGCUGGCUUUGAGAGGAACACCAAAUCCAUCGCCCCCUGGUUCCAUGGAAUUAUUAGCCGAGAAGAUGCAGAAGAUCUCCUUGAGAACAUGACGGAGGGAGCCUUUUUGGUCCGGGUCAGUGAGAAAAUCUGGGGUUACACCCUCUCCUAUCGCCUGCAAAAAGGGUUCAAGCACUUUCUUGUGGAUGCCUCUGGGGAUUUUUACAGCUUCCUGGGAGUGGACCCCAAUCGCCACGCCACGCUCACCGACCUCAUUGAUUUCCACAAGGAGGAAAUUAUCACUGUUUCAGGGGGAGAGCUGCUACAGGAACCCUGUGGACAGAGGGACAGCCCACCAGACUACCAUCUGUUGUUUGAAUGA